AAUCUCCGCUACCAGUAACAUCGCGGGUAUGCUUUGUGAAGUUCCGUGAGGCAGAGUCCGUGGGAGUGUCUCAACAUCUGACCAACACAGUCUUUGUGGACCGCGCACUGAUAGUUGUUCCAUUUGCUGAAGGUUGGUGUGCUACAUACUUUUGCGUGUCUGUUGUGAACCAUUCUUAUGUGACCCCAUACUGUUGGGAGAGUGAGGCCAUCCUAAAACUCUGAGUCUGGGAACAAUCUGUCAUCUUAAUUUGUAGACUUAGCUGGCAUUUUUUUUUUUUUCAUUUCUCCCUUGUCUUUGGGGUUUGUUGGGGGUGCGUCACUCUCCCAAUACAGGUUCUGUCUGUCUACUUCCUAUCAGAAUACAGGUUCAGAUUUGUAAAAAGUCAUCUAGCUGGGUUCUUAUUAAAGGCCUUUGGCACACUAUAAGAACAUAAGCUAAAUAAGCAAGAAUUAAGUGACCCAAGCAAAUUGCGUCCCAUUAACCUCUGCAUAGGAUCAGUUGCAUGGACUGCACGUUAACAUGGCACUGACACACCUAGUAGAUGGGGUCAGUGACUUUGUCACUGAUCGUCGUCUGUCUCAGCAUAACUCAAGUCUAUCAAAGGUCUGUUAUAGGGUCCCUGGACAGAGCAACGCGGGGCCAGAGGCUUCCCAGAAGACAGAUGAAUGGAGAAGGCAAAAGCAGAGCCCGCUCCUUGAUGGCUGAAAGUGGUCUUCUGCCUGCCAACAGGGGGAUUGUAGACAGUUACAAAAGGCCAGCAAGCAUUUCAAGCCCCCCCCCCCCUUUCUCUCCAUUUUUUAAAUCUGUUCUCUCUCUGUGUUCUUUCUCUAAUUCUCUUCUUCAGAUGCAUCAUGCAUUUUAGAUGAACAACAGCAAUAAUUUCACUUCAGUUUAACGUCAUAGAAACGAUAUAUGCAGUCAAUCGAUUCUACUGCUUUAUUAAGUUUGUGAUUCCAAAAUUGCAGUGCUUUUAUCCGGUGUCUUAGUUGUGAAUAGUCACAUGAAUUGGAAUUUAUUGUCAGAAGCACUGCAUCCUUUAAUGGUCACACUGUACAACUGUGCAGGUGACAAUACAAUUCCCAAAUUGUGGUCUUGUAUUCUCUUCGUCUCUCAUCCCAAAACAUUCUGAUUUUUAAAAACAAAUAGUUUGCUCUUAUCAUCUCAAUUUGAAAAGUGGUCUCAAGUUUUACAAUCUGUAGCACAGGCUCACUUUGUGAUUGGACAGUCAGAUGAUGCUUUUGCACAGUUGUAUUGUCAGUGAUAUCAGAAAGGUAAAUGAGGAUGUGAAUGAGCCACUCCACAUGUAAUGCGUGACUGGUGUAGUGCCCUCUCUUUAACAGUGGUCUUUCUGUUUUUGUUGUUGUGUUUUACAGUUCUUUUUCCUGGCUCUGCCAGCCCUGUUUACCAGACCCCUGCAGAAAAUGCCACCCAACAGUUUUGUCUCCUGCAGCACAGUCUUCUCUCUCAUGUUGCCUGUUCUAUGUGUUUCUCUGUAUACUCUGUCCCUGUGCACUCGGUUUAUUUUGAAGUCAUGCACACACACACACACACAAACCCACAGCACACAUACACACGUGCAUACACACAUGUAUCAUUUUGCAUCGAUCCCGUUAAGAAUAUUUUUAUGUUCAGGAUUCGUUUUCUCUUCCCAUCCCCCUCUUCCCAGAAGCAAAGGCUAUUGUUUAGCUCAGUGGUAACGUUGACGGGCUUUUGUUGGCUGUGAAACCAGAGAGCUUCCAGUUUUCUGAGCUCUCCACUUUAGGCCCAGAUCCGGAGCCCCGUAGGUAGAAUAUGUGAGUGAAUAUGUCUUAGGUUUGUGUAAAGGGCUGGGCUAUUUUGAAUGAUCCCAUACUGUCAGGUAAGGAUGGUUUCCAGCAAAAGCCCAAAACUAGAAUUAUGAAUCCUAAAUGUCAAUUACAUCUUAAUUCACAUGAUGCAUAAGAAUCAUUGUGUUGCUGGUAAGUCUCACCAAGACAUGAUGUACCAUGUUAAUGUUGAUCUCCGAAAUCUCUUAAACUCUUUUUGUUUUGUGUAUCUCGAUUUUUCUUCUGUGUGCUCUUUUAGCGAAGCAGCCAACGUGAGUCGCUUGUUCAUAAAACACCUAUAUGAAAGUUGAGAGCACAUCCCCUGUGGAGAACCGACUGUGCUCGCUAACGUUUGGUUCAUGACUUAAAAAACGAGUUCAGGUGAUCACAUCUUGGCAGUCUCAACUGCAGUAGUGUGUAUUUGUGACAUUUUUUUAUUUUUUUAUUUUCCCCAUCUUAAGUUAUUUAACAUUGAUAGAAAAAAGAGGGUCCAGUCAAAGCCACAUAGCACUGAAGGAACCUGUACUGAAAGAAAAGUACAAGAGCUUGUUAUGAAACUUGUGGCUAGCUGUUGAUCUGAGGUACUGACCUGAGUAAGAUGUCUUCUUUUUGUACUUUUCUUUUGCCUUUAUUUUCUUUGUAUGUCUUUUUUUUCUCUCUCUCUCUUUUAUGUGUCUUUGGAUGUCUACCUUUUGCUUGAGUCUAAUGCUGUGUCUUCUUUAUGUAGGGGUUAUUCCUGAUGAGGCAAAAGCUUUGUCUCUGCUGGCGCCAGCAAAUGCAGUGGCUGGGAUUCUUCCAGGAGGUGGUCUGCUGCCCACCCCCAACCCCCUGGCAUCGGUGACGAUGGGAAAUCCUUUGGGUGGCCUGGGAGCACCCAGCAUGGACCCAUCUCUGGGAGCCUUUGGACUGCCCGGAGCAAACAUGAAUCCUCAGUCUCUCACUGCUGAACAGCUGCUGAAGAUCAUGACUUCUGUCGAUCCAAAUAACUCGCAUCACUUCAUUGACUGGUCCACCACAAUGAAUCCCAUGGCGGCUGGCAUGGGUCUGAACCCUGCAGCAAUGAAGGCAGACGCGGCCAGCAAAGAGAUUGAGGAGGCUAUGAAACGGGUGCGAGAGGCCCAGUCGCUGAUCUCCGCUGCCAUCGAACCUGGCAAUAAGAAGGAGAGCAAGCGGAGCAAGCACUCGCGCUCGCGGUCCAGGUCCAGGCGGAGGAGGUCCCGCUCCCGGUCCAGACACAGGCGCUCCAGGAGCAGGUCUAGGCGGCGCUCGCGAUCCAGGAGCAGACGACGAUCCAAGAGUCCCCGCAGGAGGAAGUCUCACUCUAGAGAGCGUGGCAGACGAUCACUGAGCAAGCCCAGGGACAAGAGGAAGGAUGACCGAGACAAGAAGCGCUCCAAAACACCCCCCAAGAGCUACAGCACUGCCAGGAGGUCACGCAGCACCAGCCGGAGAAGGAGGAGAAGCCGCAGCGCUAGCCGAAGUCCCAAGAGGAUUGUGUCAAGGUCUCCUUCGCCCAGAAGACACAAGAAGGAGAAGAAGAAGGAGCGAGAGCGUGAAAAGGACCGAGGGCGCGACCGAGACAGAAAGGUCGAGAAGGACCGCAACCGAGACAACAGGGAGCGAUCCACUAGCAAGAAGAAGAAGUCCAAAGACAAGGACCGGGACCGAGACAGGAAGUCCGACAGCGAGAAAGGAGACGUCAAGGUCACGCGUGACUACGAUGAGGAGGAGCAGGGUUACGACAGCGAGAAGGAGCGAGAGGACAAGAAGGAAUCGGACGACUCCGGCGCCUCUCCUGUCCACGCCAAGGGCAACGGCGUGGGGGUAGCCAAGGAAGCCAAGCUCAACGGCGACGACCACCAUGAGGAGGAGGACAUGGAAGUCAGCGACUGAGCCAGAAGAACCAAUGUUACUGUUAUCUCGAAACCCCCCCCCCCCCUAAUCAGUUCUGAGUGGCAGGUUACACACCCAAGAUGCGAUGACUUAACAUGGCAUAUCACUCAGAAAAAAAAACCUUUUAACCAUUUUUUUUUGACCAUUUUAGUUCAUGUGUAUAGCUGUUUUCCUCCUGACAGACAUAAAGUCAAUCCAUUAGUAAUGUUGUGGUGGAUUGGUCUGUAGAUGGAAAGUAAUGUCAUUUUUUCCAUUUUGUUUUGUUUGCAAACGAGCAGGGCAGUUAAAAAUUGAAUGGUUGUAAUUUUUAGUGGACCUGGGUCUGUGAUGUUGGUAGCAGUGAGACCCAUGUCACAAUUUUUUUUUUAAUGCGUUGACCUUAACUUGAUCAUUACGCUUUGAAUUAUUUGAAGUCAUGUAAGCUUGAUACAUUGUGUAUAACCCUGUCCCUCAUGAAGGGGCAUUCAUAAUCAGAAAUCAUUUCCCUCACAUCAUUUCUUGUCAGCAGCAUUUUUUUUCACCUCUGGUGAUCUUACAGAAGUAUAUAUUCAAAGUGUGCCGUCAUUCUUGUUAAUGGCAACGUGUCGUUUCCCCUCUGAGACUCGAUGGCUAAUGUACAGUAUAGUCCUAUGAUGCUUAAGAUCCUAGUAGCCAAUAUUCAGUAGAGAUGAUUGCUGAACGUUUAUUUGGGUUUGUGAUGUGUUUUAUUGUUGCCUCUUUUUAUACUAUAAAUAAACAGAUGGUUGAAAAAUG